UCCUAUCCCGCUCAUCUCCAUCAUGGCGGCGAGGGGCCAUGUGCAGGACCCCAACGACAGGCGACUGCGACCCAUUUACGAUUACCUGGACAAUGGCAAUAACAAGAUGGCAAUCCAGCAGGCUGACAAACUGCUCAAGAAGCACAAAGAUCUUCACUGCGCAAAGGUCUUGAAGGCCAUUGGUCUGCAGCGUACAGGCAAACAGGAUGAAGCUUUCACGCUGGCGCAGGAAGUGGCCGUUCUCGAACCAACAGACGACAAUUCCCUUCAGGCGUUAACCAUCCUCUAUAGAGAAAUGCACCGGCCUGAAUUAGUGACCAAGUUGUAUGAAGCGGCAGUCCGGAAGGUUCCGACGAGCGAGGAUUAUCACUCACACCUCUUCAUGGCCUACGCUCGUGUUGGAGAAUACAAGAAAAUGCAACAGGCUGGAAUGGCGCUGUAUAAAAUUGUUCCCAAAAAUCCCUAUUACUUCUGGUCUGUUAUGAGCUUGGUGAUGCAGGCCAUCUCAGCACAAGACGAGAAGCUCUCUCAGACCAUGUUCCUGCCGUUAGCCGAGCGCAUGGUGGAGAAAAUGGUGAAAGAGGAGAAGAUCGAGGCAGAGGCUGAGGUGCAGCUGUAUUUCAUGAUCCUGGAGCGCUUGGGGAAGUAUGUGGAGGCGCUGGAGGUGGUGCAGGGGCCGCUUGGAGAGAAACUGACGAGUGAACUUCAGAGCCGUGAGAACAAAUGCAUGAUGUUGUACCGGCGUCUGGAGCGCUGGCCCGAGUGCAAUGCUCUCUCCUGCAAACUGCUCCUGAAAAACCCUGAUGACUGGCAAUUCUACUUGAUGUAUUUUGACUCUUUGUUUCACCUGAUCGAUCAGAGCUGGACGCCCUCACAGGAAGGAGCACAUUCUGCAGAAGGGGAGGUGCACUCGUCCGUGUCCCAGGCCAUCAGUUUCAUAGAGGAGCGACUGAACACAGAGGAGGCGAAAGAGUCCAAACAUCUGAGAGGACCCUAUCUGGCUCGUCUGGAGCUCAUUAAACGCCUCAGAGAGCACAGCUGUCCUGAAGCACAACAGCUAGGGGAACCUCUGGAGCUCAUGUUCCAGUUCUUUGUGAAAUUUGGAGACAAGCCGUGUUGCAUCACAGACCUAAAGAUCUUUCUGGAUCUUUUAAAUCCUGACCAACAUGUGCAGUUCAUAAACAGGCUGAUGGAGGCUGUGCCACUGGGCGCUCCAGGAGAGGAUGGUGUCGCCCUACCAGCAGACACACGAGCUCUUCAGAGACACCUCUGUGUGACCCAGCUCAGUCGAUGUCUUGGUUUACAGCACGCUCUAAAAACGGAGGGCAAACUGGGUGUUAUCAAAGAACUCAAGGCACAUUACCACCAUGGCUUACAAUUCGGAAAGUCGUGUUUAAAAACUGAGCUACAGUUCUCGGAUAUGUACUGUCUGAUGGCAGCGCAUGUCUAUAUAGAUCUGUGGACUGAGACAGGUGAUCAGAACAUGUUAUGGCUGAGUCUGGGAAUGUUAGAAGAAGGUCUCGCUCACAGUCCCUCUAAUGCUCAAUUUAAACUACUGCUUUUGCUCCUGUACUGCCGUCUGGGGGCGUUCGAGCCUGUGGUAGAUCUUUACUCCAGUCUGGACGCCAAACACGUCCAGCAUGACACCAUAGGGUAUUUAUUGACCCGCUAUGCAGAGUCUUUGGGCCAGUUUGCUGCUGCUUCCCAGUCUUGUAACUUCUCCCUCAGGUUUUUUCACUCCAACCAGAAAGAUACCUCAGAAUACAUUAUUCAAGCUUAUAAGUACGGUGCUUUUGAAAAAAUCCCUGAGUUCAUCGCCUUCAGGAACCGACUCAAUCACUCGCUGCACUUCGCCCAGGUGCGCACGGAGAGGAUGCUGAUCGACCUCUUCCUGGAAGCAGACAUAUCAUCCACUUUAGAGGAGAGCGUUAAAUCAAUGUCUCUGUGUCCGGAAGAGGACGACAUCCCGUGGGACAACUUACGGGACAACCGAGACCUGACUGUCCUCGUCAGCUGGAACCCUAAAGACCGGCAGUUGAAUGAGCAGCACCGGCAGUGUUCUGUUGAGGACGAGACCGUGUGGCUGAAGUUGCGAUCGCUCACUCUACGUCUGAUUGGCUGCGUCUCAGCAUUGAGUCGCCCGGCCUCGCCUCGUAACUCAGAAAAGACAACUGAGAAUGGAGUUUCAGCCAAACCGUCAUCUCUACAGUCGCUGCUGUCCCAACUAGAGAACGCGCUAAACCAGGCCACACAGUUUACAGAAAAACACAGACAGCAUCAGUACCCGUUUCUGGGUCCUGUCCCAUCUCGGUUGAUUCAGGCCAUGUCUAGUAGUUGCUGUCAGUGUCAGCUCAACUCUCUACAACUUCCUCUCCACCUUCAGAAGCUCGAGACCGCCGGUUUGGGUUCGUUACAUGAAUCAACAGAGCUUCAGACACAAAUAUCAAAUCUUUUCAAGUCUUUAAUAGUACAACUUCAAGACAUGUUGGAAAAGUGUAAAGGUGACCUGUUUGAAGUUAAAUAUGGUCAAAGCAAGACGCAGCCCUCCCUACUAGAAAACCUAGUCUACUUUGUUGAAACCAUUAGUAUUGUCCUGUGGGUGUGUAAUUACUGUGGUAGUGUUCUUCGACCCCUAAAGUCCAGCUUACAAAAGAAGAAGAAAAAGAAAAAAGACGCCAGCAUUGUUACGCCGGUGGUGCUGACAGGCUUCCAGGAGUUCAGUGGCAGCUUGCAGAGUCUCCUCAGCCAGUCCCUGGAACUCAUAAAGAGACAGGAAACCAGUCUGACUGCACUGAAACUGGGAUCCCUCACUCUGGAUGGACAAACCCAGACUGAGGUGGAGGGGACCUUCACGAAAAGUGCAAUGGAUAAGGUGCAGAGCAGCUACCUGCGUUCACUGCAGGAGAUUGGGGAACUGUUGAAGAAGCGAGUGGACACGUUGAAAUCCCUCAAAAUCUGAGAGCUCCAUUAAUCCACCAACCAAUCCAGUCCCUGACCUGCACGGCUCCAUGUGGCGGCUUCCUCCAUCUCUAACACGCCCUUAUGUUCCUCUGUCUGAACAAAACAUCUGUGAACUCAACUAGUCGAGCCUACUGGGCUGGGCCUCUCUCCAAUAUCCUCUCCCUUGUCUUACCAUCUUUACUUAUUAAUGUCUCAUUACUCACUGAGAGAUACUGGCACACUGUAAAAUUCACACAAAUGUGCACGGUGCUCCAAGCAGCACUUUUAAGUGGAAAAAUAAACUUCAUAUCCCUAGCAAAACUACACAGGCAAACGAAUAAGCAAUUUUAGAAGUACUGCUAUAAAUUAUUGUACAUAGUGUGAAGAUAAAGAACAAGAACUCUUUGACUAAUUAAAGUGAACUGCUUUGUCCUUUG